AUGCAAGCAGAUGUGGAUCUCUUUGAAACCUCGAACGGGAAUCAUUUUGGACGGACAACAAGACUCGUCGAUGAGUUCUGUUACCUUGGCUGUACGCUGAAGAACAGCGACAACUACGAGAAAGAUAUUCAGCAAAGAUUCGCUAAGGCCACUUCUGCAUUUAACUCCUUGACGAAAUGCUUGUGGUCGACCCCUAUCACCAACGAAGUUAAGCUGCGAAUCUACCUACACGCAAUUCGUCCCAUGAUGAUGUACGGAUCGGAGACUUGGGCAGCACCAUCUACGAUGAUGAAGAGGCUUUAG